AUGGCGCGCGUCUAUGCAGAUGUCAACUCGCAGAUGCCACGUGCGUACUGGGACUAUGACAGCGUGAAUAUUACCUGGGGAAGUCUCGAGAACUACGAGGUGGUGCGCAAGAUCGGACGAGGCAAAUACUCGGAGGUUUUUGAAGGCAUCAAUGUCGUCAACUAUCAGAAGUGUGUCAUCAAGGUUUUGAAGCCGGUGAAGAAGAAGAAGAUAAAGAGGGAGAUCAAGAUCUUGCAGAAUCUUUCAGGAGGACCGAACAUCGUCGCACUCUUAGACGUUGUCAGAGACAGCCAAGUAAAUCAAUCAUCUCCUUCAUACGAUCCUAAGACGGCACCCAAAGCUGGGAAGAUGAAGUCAGCCGUGGAUGUAUUUGUACACUCCGAUCAAGAAACAAACGACUCAUACAUGAUGCAGAGCAAAACGCCGUCACUCAUCUUUGAGUACGUUAAUAAUACAGAUUUCCGAAGUCUGUACCCGAAGUUCGUCGACUACGAUGUCCGAUUCUACAUUUACGAGCUCCUGAAGGCUCUCGAUUUCUGCCAUAGCAAAGGCAUCAUGCACCGAGACGUCAAACCCCAUAACCUGCGACUUAUUGAUUGGGGUCUUGCCGAAUUCUAUCACCAAGGCACCGAGUAUAAUGUCCGUGUAGCUUCGAGAUAUUUUAAGGGACCCGAGCUACUGGUGGACUUCCAGGAAUACGACUACUCUCUCGACAUGUGGUCUCUAGGUGCUAUGUUCGCUUCUAUGAUUUUUAGAAAGGAGCCCUUCUUCCACGGAAACAGCAACUCUGAUCAACUAGUCAAGAUUGCGAAAGUCUUAGGUACCGAAGAUCUCUUCGACUAUCUGGACAAGUACGAGAUCGAGCUCGACCAACAGUACGAUGAUAUCCUUGGCAGAUUCCAGAAAAAGAGCUGGCACAGCUUUGUCAACUCUGAGAACCAAAGAUUCGUUAGUAACGAGGCUAUUGAUUUCUUGGACAAGCUGCUCAGAUACGAUCAUCAGGAACGAUUGACCGCGAAAGAAGCUAUGGCCCAUCCAUACUUCAGCCCUGUCCGAGCCAAUGAGCAAGGCCGUGUUGUAGCCGGAACUUCUGCAGCACCUCUUAGUUGA